UUUAAAGAAGAAGAAUGUCGUUUGUCAAUACGUCUGUCAGGUGGCUAAUGCUAACUCAGCCUACAGUGUCGCGUGCGGGUAAAGUUCCUACCACCGGCCAGUCACAGUUAUGGAGCUAGAAUGGGAAGAUCCUCCUGUCCCUGAUGCUCCUUUCUUUACCAGAGACGUCUAUGACAAAUUUUCCCUUGCUCCGACUACUGCAGAACUGUGGUCCUUUCUCCAAAGCCCUGUGGAAAAUGCCAAUAUAAAACAGGGCGGUGGCUUUAAUGCUGCAAAAGAUGAAGAUGAUGCACAGCUACAAGACAACAGUUGUGUCAGCAUAUGUUUGGACAGCUGUGAUAGUGAUGAACCAGAGGAUACUGCAAAAGAAGCAUCGAAGGGUACCAAAAAAUCAAACGUGAAGCCCAAGGCUACUUUUCCUGAACCCAGACUGCCCUACCCUUGUCCGUCCACCCUGUCCAUUAAAGAGCAGAAUAUGUACCUUGGUUUUUUGACGAGUAAGACGGCCAAGGAUCCUCCGCAGACUUUAAAGACUCAAGUAAACAAUGAAGUGAUGCAGUUCAUGAGGUACUUGCAAGAUGUGGCCAGAAUGUGUGUUGAUGACUACAAUUUCAUAUCACCGGGAGCAAUGCAGUAUUCAGAGGAUUUUUUCAGGGCAUGUUUGGAGUGUAUAAAGACAAUUCCUCAGCUCUAUCAAAUCCAUGAGAUGACUAGUUUGACGGGGGGAACAUUCAACCCAGGGCUGAUGCUGAACUUUGAAAAACAGCUGUUGAUUAUGGGCAAUGUGGAUUUUACACAACACCAAAUACUGCCUGCUGAUGCACAGCUUGCAUCGGAUUAUCAGGCUGUUUCAUCAGAGAAUCCUCCAGCAAAAAAAGCUAAGGACAUGCACGCUACGGUAAGCAGUGAUGGCAAUGCAGAAAAGCUGAGUGCCCAUUAUGAGCCUCAUGUGUGUAUGACUCGUGAUGCCCUGGUCAAACUACUUGACAACUGUGGUCCUGACUUCAGGGAGCCGUGGGAACUGCCUGUUUGGAUCAAAUUAAAUCCAAGCAAAGGCAGUAGCCAGAAAAAGACAGUAUACAUAGACUCACCACUUCUGAAGACUGAAAUGACCGUGAGAGAGAGGAGUCAUUUCUACCAUGAGGAGAGUUUGAAGCUCUCAAUUAAGAAGAAAGGAUGUAAAAAUGUGUUCCAUUUAAUGACAGAGCUUCCUUCAAAUGAGCUGCAACUCUCUCCAGACAGCUCACGAAGAAAUCUAACGUCUUUUGAAAACGAUGGCCUUGACUUUGAGGUGGACUUUACUGACCUAGAGACAUUUGGAGAGACAACAUCCAACAAGGCUCCCAAAGCACAGAAUGGUCAACAAGCAUGUGUUCAAAAUAAAAAGGCUGCAAGUGUCCCACCAAGUAAGAAUAAAACGUCCAGUGAGGAUCUUGCAAACACCAGCAGCGAUUUGCCAGGAGAGAUGAACAGCUCAUUAAUGGAUAUGGAUGAUCCCAUGACAAAGGUGACACCUCAGUCAUAUUCAAGUGUGCCAAAGACUGAACGGCUGAGGCAGGACUCUAGUAAUACAGACAUGGGUUCUGAUGAUGAGAAGCUGGUCAUUGACGAUUCUUUGUCUCCAGCUGCCACACCUACACAACAACCACCGUGCUCUUCUGUCCCACCUGUCUCAGAGGCUGUCCCUGUAAAUGCAAACUCGUCUUCCCCUCAGAAAGUUACAAGGCAGUCCAAAAAAUCAAAGGCUGGUGACCAGCUAGGAGAGAUCCUGCGCAUGCAGACAAAAAUGUUUAAUUCUGCCAACAGCACAAGCAAAUCCUCCAGCUUGUCCCAGGAGACCAGCUCACCCACUCGAUGCUUGGGACCCUCAGUUUACUCCCAUCCAACGUCUUUAAUUAAACCCUGUGUUACUUCAUAUCUGGAGAGAAACCAGGAUCAGGAUGGAGAAACUUGCACUCCUUCCCACAAAUUUGCACCAGUGGUUAACAACACUAUAGAGCAUAAAAAAAUACUGUCACAAGACCUGCAGGAUGGUGCAGAAGAUGAACAGGAUUAUGAGGCUCCAGAGGGGGGCAACCUGCUGUACAAGCUCUACAGUCUGCAAGAUUUGCUGGUCAUGGUGCGCACCUCUGUCUCACUGUCACACACAAGGAAAGUAGGCAGCCAAAACCAGAUUGUUCCAGUGCAUGUCUUGCCCAAGCUUGAAUACCAGUUAAGUUAUGGUGUUGAGUGUCUAACCAGCAGUGAGGCUUGCCAACUGUGGACAGAGAACUUGCUUCACUCCAGCACCGUGUCAUACAUAGCUCACAUCAAUGCACUCUCAUCAAAAGUAGUUAUGGUGAGGAGUCUGCGUGCUGACUGGAAACAGAACAUCUCCUGCGGGUUCAAGCCAUCCAACUCACUGAACAUAUUGCACCACCUACUGAAAAAGCUAACGAGGUUGGAUGAAGGGCGCUACCUGGUUACACACAAAGCAGGGGAACCGUUUGUGACGUUAUUAAAAGCAGCUACUGGGAAAGUGAAUCGGGGGGCGUACGACCUUCAGCAGGUCCACAGCUCUGUCCCACAGCCUCCGGCCGCUGGCUUUGUGCCUUGGGUACCUCUCGAUCCAGCCAUGUUCCUACCCUUUCACAAAGCACACGGCCGCGUUCCCUGCACCUUCCCCCCAAAGGCGGAGAGAGAUGAGUCAUUCCAGGCCAACAAUCGUGGAGCUGGGCAGUCGACUUACCAGAAGAAUGCAGGGGGAAAGAAGAAGAAGAAGAAAAAACAAACGAAACGUACAGCAAAGCGUAACAACUAUAUUAAAAAGCUGGUCCGUCAAUCAGUGUAAACCAAAUCAGGAUGUGUGUACACCGGUGACGGUGACUUAAUAUUUGGAAAUGUGACAUUGUGGAACUACAUCUGUAUUUUCAAAGCACUUAAUAGAAAAUAGACUCUGUACUUAUUUUUGUUUUGUUCAGAGAUGAUUUGUAUAUUUCCUUGAAAAAAUUUUGUAAUAAAAUGUAUAUUAGAGUGAU